GAUCUGAUGUUCCUGUACAUACGUGUGUUAUUUGUUGCUGUUAUACGUGAACAACAUGUGAACGCCAUUGCUCAGAUGAAACUAGUUGGAAUAAUCAGUGCUGGGGUAAAUGACAUUUUAGAAUUGUAUACAACAGGCCAUAUCACGGAUCUUAACCGCUAUGGUAUUGGAGUGUCUAACGUUAACGAUGGUUCGGUUGGCGAGGAAUAUACAUUCCCAGAAAUAGAGAUUCCAGCAAACCGUUUCAUAUAUGCCUCUCGUCAGUCACAGACCAAGGUGAAGACAUUCCUCGGAUGUUUCCCAAUUUAUCAUUUUCACACUAAUGUAGCGUCUUUUACUGGGACAGAAUUUGUAGAACUUUUCUACAAUGGAGAAAUUAUUGAUGUGUUCGGGAGUAAGAGUGGAGAAGCACUCUCAUGGAAAUAUCUCAAGGGAUGGGCGAUGCGCCUGAAUGCUACUGGUCCUGAUGGCCCAACCUGGACAAAAUCCAAUUGGAAGGUCUACAAAGAGAUUUACAGGGACAAUAGUUUAAAUCAUGCAAAGGGCAACUUGCCAUAUCCUAUUGCUUCGUAUUAUGAGGAGGACAUCACCAUUGAAAAUCAACGCCAAUAUUCAUGUCAAGACCAAAAACCAGUUGUCGAGUUCACUACGACUGCUCCAAAUCUGACGACGCUCUCUAUUCCACUCCACGAGUCAUCCGGAGCAGUCUCGCUCCAUCUUGGGACAACCGUUGGCACUCAAGUAACUGAAGGAAAUGAUGUUUUAUCCCACUCGUCCCGCGUUGUAACUGUCACUGAUGAUAUAAAGUCAUCUACAACGAAACCUGACACAUCGUCGAUGGAUAUUACUCAAACUGAGACGAUGUUGAAAGAAGCAACAGCAGCUUUAGGAACAGAAUAUAUGCCAACGGCAUCAGAAAUGGUAGUUCAACGAAGUUAUCUAACACAAGCACAUGUUAAAUCACCGUUUUUUGAUCAAACAGAAAGACGAGAUAAUGAGCAAACUGGGCAACUGUCAUAUCUUUCAUCGAGCCCCGAAUUCAUUCAAAAUGAAAUGUUUACAUAUUCCUCAACACCAGUCAACUUGCGAGACUCCAUGCAAACAUCAUUCUUUUUAACUGCAUCAUCACACCAUCCUGUAUAUCCGAUAGAUGGAAAUGAAGUACAGAUUUCCAAUUCCAUAAUGUCAACAAAGGCAAUGGAUACUUCGCAAUUUACAACAUUAACUAUACCAGUUAUUGAUACUACAUACGUGCAAUCCCAAAUCGAGUCGACCUCAUUUUCUGAAUCCGUAGUGGAAUCCAGAUUUGUCAGUGACACCGCUACUUCCACAGAUGAUAUAUUACAGACGUCGAUGCAAGCGUUUAGUGAAACCAAUGCGGCUUACUUUACACAUCCUUUACCUGUAGCGCAAACACUAACUUUUGGUGACAGCAUAUCAUAUCUCUCCAAGACCUCUAUUUCACAGGAAAACACUUAUUUUGAAACCUACAAUAUGUUUGUAAAACCAACAAGUGUGCAAGUUACUCCGUCUUUGGCAUUCAUUUCACCUGAGUACUCGUCUCUAACUAUAAACUCUCCUACUUCUGUUUUUGAGCACAUGAGUGUUACAAACGAAAAUGUCAAUCCAAAUAAAGCUACAUCAAUCAGUGAAUUGAUAGAUGCUGUAACAAAAUCAGAACUGGCCAUAAACAGUGUUGUUGCCACAUCAACGUCCGAGACUUUUGUGGAAGGGAACAGCCUGACAACAGGUAUUUACCCUGUUGGAACAGAAACUCAGUAUAAACAAACAGAUGACAGUGUUUCCCUGUCAUAUAGUAAUCCUACCUCCACACAAUAUUUUGUAAAUAACAAUAACCCCAGUGACAUGUACAAUGAUUCAUUCACAACAAAAGUGAUGCUCACAACAAUUAGUACGGGUGUCCCUACCACACCUAGCACAUCGAUACACAAUCAAAUGGACACUAUUUCGACUGGUGAUACUUCUCACCGUUACAAUUACAGUCUUGAUGUCGUACUUUAUCCAAAACUUGCAAAAUUGAAAGCGGGUGCUUUCCAAAGGGCGAAGCGUAUUCAAUACGAACCUGAAGAGGCACAUGGCGCAGUCGGGAUAGGAUCAGUUUGGCUUAUUGUCCUCAUUGCCACAAUCUGUUUUAUUUUUCUCAUUGAUCUCAAUACAUACUACACACAUAUCAAAACUGCUAUACGUGAUAUAAAAUCAUUUAUUAGAUAUUUGAGGAAUAAAACGUAUGACCUGAACGGGUCACGUUCACAGGUAAUACGACUGGAUAUGUCACCAAAAUUAUAG